CCACCCCCCCGGGCGCGUCUCCGUUCCGUGCGCGCGCGCUCGCACGUCGGCUGCGUGAUGACGUCACGGUGGCGCGGGCGCCAUCCCGGAAGCGCGAGCAAGGCCGCCAGAUGUGCAGACUGCGGAGGAGGAAGAGAAAGAGAUGGAGCCGCCGGACUCGGCCUCGAGGGUUUUCUGCAGCCGCAUCCUGAGCAUGGUGAAUGCGGAAGACGUCAACGCCAUCAUCCUGGCCCAGAAGAACAUGCUGGACCGCUUUGAAAAGACCAACGAGAUGCUACUGAACUUCAAUGGACUGUCCAAUGCGCGCCUGCAACAGAUGAGCGAGCGCUUCCUGCAGCACACACGCGCCCUGGUGGAGCUCAAGCGCGACCUGGACAGCAUCUUCCGCCGCAUCCGGACACUGAAAGGGAAGCUGAGCAGGCAGCAUCCUGAGGCAUUCAGCCACAUCCCUGAGGCCAGUUUUCUGGAGGACGAGGACGAGGACCCCAUCCCACCCAGCACCACCACCACCAUUGCCACGUCGGAGCAGAGCACUGGCUCGUGUGACACCAGCCCCGCCACUGUCUCGCCGUCCCUGAGCCCUGGUUUCGAGGACCUGUCUCAUGCCCGUCCUGGCUCCCCGACCAUCAAUGGUCGCAGCCCAACGGACCAGGAUGAUGAGGUCGAGGCGCUGGGCGAGUGACCUCAGGCAAGGCCCCGCCAAGCAGCUCGGCCUCUGCUUCUGUCAACUGCCCGCAUCCUGGGACAUCCAGCGGGGCCUUUCCCCAGCCCAUCCCGCCCAGAGCAUCUCCUGCAGACCCUCCCUAGGCUGGAGGCUUUGGCACAGCCGGCCAAGAGUCACUGUUGAAGGUUCCAGAAAAGGAAGCUGACCCUGCCUGUCCUGCGAUGGCCAGGCCCUCCGGUGGGCAAGCUGGCACGCCGCACGUUCCACGGCCCACCCUGCACAACUCAUUGUAGCUGCCCACUCCGGCCAGAAGGCGGGUCCCGCCCAGCCCGAGACCAGUCGCUCGUUCCAAGGCUGCUGGGCCUGGGUCUGAGGCGCAGCAAGCGCAAGGUCGAUCUGGAAAGAGUUUCACGGAAUAUUUUUGUACCCGAUGUUUACAGAUGCUGUUGGGAAAUUACCAAUAAAAACUGCUACUAAACAGCA